AUGUCCGGAACCUCCAACGUCGGCAACCGCGCUCUCUACGAGGCGGGCGACCAGCGCAACUACGCGGACAACGAGGUCCAGAACGCCGAGCGCUACAAGGAGGGCAAGCCCAACAGCCACUUGGCGCAGGACUCUAAGGACGAGCGCACCAUCGCCAACAAGCUCGCCCGCGAGGAGAAGCGCGAGCACGAGGCCGAGCCCGAGUCGCUCGAGCACCAGCGCCUCGAGAAGGACGCCACGCUGCCGGCCAGGGCCCACGGCAACGCCCCCAGCAAGGGCGCCCAGCUCGACCAGGAACUGCGCGAGGAGGACGAGGCCGCCCUUAAGGCCAAGGGCCACUGGGGCUCGAAGCAGUAG